AUGGAGACUCUCAAAGGUGAUUGCCAGAUAUGUCAUCGGAACCAGAUCAAGUACACGUGCCCAGCGUGUAGUACAAGGACGUGUUCACUAGAUUGUUAUAAAAUACACAAGGAGAGAGAUUCUUGUACUGGUAAAGUUGAUACAACCAAGUUCAUACAGAAACUGGAGCUAACGGAGAAUCCAACACAUUUGAAUCGGGAUUACAACUACCUAGUAAAUGUUGGCAGAUCAAUUCAUUUAUCGAAGGAAGACAUUAGAGAAAAAGCAAAAAAUAUCUUGAAACGAGCCAGACAAGAUAAUAGGCAAGAUCGAAAACGAUUCAAACAAAAUGAAGCUGAGGAGGACAAGAGAAGAUUACUGGUGAUGCAGAUAUUUCCUCACAAUCCUGCUGUUGUCGUCAAGAGGGAGAACACCAUGAUUGUACAAGUUGCGCCAGGAAUGCAAAGAGCCAUGUCUAAUAAAACUGGGUAUGACAGAAAAUCCAACUCAUUUACCUGGACCAUUGAGUGGAUUGUUGUGGAUGUUACCGGGAAUACAGAAAUUACCAAGUUUCUCAGUUAUCGUUUGAAUGAGCAACUAUCUCUCCUCCGAGCUGUCCCGUUGAAUGUACUAAAAAGCCACGGCAUAUCUGAGACGUCCCAAUUGCAUUUUUAUUUGAAGAAUGUGACAAAUACUCCAUCAAACUCGGUCAUUGAGUUGAACGGUGAACAUUCAAUCAGUGAUGCGUUGAAGGAUAAAAUUGUGUUGGAAUAUCCAACGAUCUACAUUACCGUGAGUGAUGAAGCCAUGGCUAGCCGUGUUGUAGAUGCAAGUCGAGCUUAUGAGCCGGAACACGAUGAACUGGACUCUGAUGACUCUGAACCAGACUCAGAAUCUCUGGAAAGCUCAUCCAGUGAAGAGAGUUCCGAUGAUGAUAGCGAGAGCGAUUCUGAUAGUGGACCUGAGGAAUCAACGGCGAAAUCCACCGUUUCAAUCAAAGUAGACUUGGGUGAGCAGUCUGUAGGAGAUUCCGAUGUAGGAAACUGA